GUUGAACCAGGCGUCCUCGGUGCCUCCACUCGUCCGGGUCGAGCGCUCCUCCACUCUUCCCCCUUUCUGGAUCUCACACCUGCCCCGUCUACCAAGACCGAGUCGCACGCCGCUGCGAUCAACGCGACUAUAGCGUAGGUGCUCGUCUCGUCAAGGAAGAAGAUGAAAGCAGUGCUGGCUAAGCCUUCCCCUACUUCUCUUGCACCGACCAACUUUGUUCGAUUCCUGUGUCAAGGCUGGCGAGCCUUGCUGCAACAAUCAAUGAUCUCCUUCCCUUUGUCCGUUGUUGUUGGCCGACGAGCAGCCGCCGCUCAAACGAGUCCUCUUCCCUCUUAGCGUCAGUCGUCCAACGGUGUCGACCUUUUUACUUCAGCAAGCAAUGUCGAUGCCCGCAGCCACCAUCCGAGGUGGCAAGCGGUGGAGCCUUUUUUCUCUGCCAUCAGUGAGCAACUACGGGUCUUUGUUGCUUGCAUUCGGUCGCGAGAUGGAGUACUGUUGAUAGCACAUUUGAAAGCUUGCUCAUACGACUUUCAACAUGUGCAUUCACUUCUGAGCUCUUGUUUCAUUUAUCAUAGCUUGGUUGCUUAAUCCUCACAAAAUGCCUUCCUUACAAUUACUAAAGUUAACUGAGCGUGGAUGUAACCUACUGGCAUCAAGGAGGAGAAUGCUUGCAGCAGUCUCAGCUGUUCUAGUGGCUAGUGGAACAGUUGCAUAUAUGCAAUCAUGUCGCAACAGAAGAAGAUUAUUGAAAACAGAGAAUUCUGCAAAUUGCACCACUUCCAGUGAGACUGUAAAAAGUUUGAGCCUAAAUAGUGCUGGUGAUCAGCAAGUUCAUAAUGCAAGGCAGAGAAGAAAAGGAUUGGGAUCUUUACGUGCUUUAGCCUCAGUGCUGCUCUCGUCAAUGGGCCCCAAUGGUAGACACUAUCUUAUGGCCUUAGUGACUACAGUGGCGUUGAGAACUACCAUGAGUAAUAGACUGGCAAAAGUUCAAGGUUUUUUGUUUCAAGCUGCUUUCCUUCGGCGUGUACCCACCUUUUUGCGCUUAAUUCUUGAGAAUCUUCUUUUAUGUUUUCUUCAGUCCACUUUAUAUGCGACAUCAAAAUACUUGACAGGGUCCUUAAGUCUGCAUUUCCGAAAAAUCUUGACAGAGCUCAUACAUGAGGAUUAUUUUGAGAACAUGGUAUACUACAAAAUCUCACAUGUUGAUGAUCGCAUCAACAACCCAGAGCAGAGGAUUGCUAGUGAUAUAAGAAAGUUUUGUUCUGAAUUUAGCGAAAUUAUACAGGAUGAUCUCACAGCAGUAACAGACGGCCUGACAUAUACCUGGCGCCUAUGUUCUUAUGCAAGUCCAAAAUAUGUGCUAUGGAUACUGGCAUAUGUCAUCGGGGCAGGUGCUUCUAUUAGGGUUUUCUCUCCAGAUUUUAGAAAUCUAAUGUCCAUGGAGCAACAAUUAGAAGGGAACUAUCGGCAGCUUCACUCACGAUUGAGGACUCAUGUUGAAAGUAUAGCAUUCUAUGGUGGGGAGACUAGAGAAGCAUCUUAUAUCAACGAGAAGUUUGAGGCUCUUGUAAAACAUUUGAAUAUUGUUCAUCGUGAUCAAUGGUGGUUUGGAAUAAUUCAAGAUUUCCUCUUGAAAUAUCUUGGUGCUACAGUUGCAGUUGUGCUGAUUAUUGAGCCUUUUUUUGCUGGUGCACUCAGUCUUGAUGCCUCUACUCUUGGAAGAGCAAAAAUGCUGAGUAAUCUUCGUUAUCAUACAAGUGUGAUAACAUCCCUUUUUCAAUCACUUGGGACUCUCUCCACCAGUUCUUGGCGACUGAACCGCCUCAGUGGUUUUGCUGACCGCAUUCAUGAACUAAUGAUUGUUUCAAAGGAACUACGUGCCAUUGGUGACAAGUCAUUAAUCCAGAGAAAUUCUAGCAGUAAAUAUAUCUAUGAAGCAGAUUAUAUUGAGUUUUCUUGUGUUAAGAUAGUUACACCAACAGGAAAUGUAUUGGUCGAUGAUUUGAGUUUGCAGGUAGACUCAGGUUCAAAUCUAUUAAUUACAGGUCCUAAUGGAUGUGGAAAAAGUUCCAUCUUCCGCGUUCUUGGAGGUCUGUGGCCACUUAUAUCUGGAUACCUUGUAAAACCUGGGAUUGGUUCAGGCCUUAAUAAGGAGAUCUUUUAUGUUCCACAGCGGCCAUAUACAGUAGUCGGGACACUCCGUGAUCAAUUGAUCUAUCCUCUUACUACAGAUCAGGAGACUGAACCACUCACCUAUGACGGAAUGGUUGAGCUGCUGAAGAAUGUUGAUCUUGAGUAUUUGCUGGAUCAUUAUCCCUUAGACGAGGAAAUGAACUGGGAAGAUGAGCUUUCUCUUGGUGAACAACAGAGACUUGGAAUGGCCAGGUUAUUCUAUCACAAGCCUAAGUUUGCUAUUCUUGAUGAAUGUACAAGUGCAGUCACAACCAAAAUGGAGGAACGCUUCUGUGAGAAGGUUCGAGCUAUGGGAACAUCCUGCAUUACGAUCUCUCACCGACCUGCAUUAGUUGCAUUCCAUGACAUGAUUUUGGCAUUGGAUGGGGAAGGAGGGUGGAGAGUCCAGUAUAAGAGGGAUGCUUUGUCUCACCCUUAUAAAACAAAACAUGAUUUACAAAAACUUUCGGGAACUAUUUGUCUGGAUUAUGCAUGUGCUGUUCAUAGAACUUCUACAAGUGGGGAGGAAAAUAUGUUAUUGACAUCUAAUGGGCAUUCAUAUUCAAGUAAAGUUAUUGCAUUUUCACCUGAAAUAGACAAGGAGGAUCCCCUUCCUAGUGUUCCACAACUGGAGAAACCACUAAAGGUUCUGCCGCAUAGAGUUUCUUCAAUGUUUAAAGUGCUGGUUCCCUCCCCUUUUGAUAAACAGGCUAUGAGGUUAUUAGCAGCUGCUUUAAUUAUUGGGUCUAGAACAUGGAUCUCCGACCGUAUUGCUUCUUUGAAUGGGACCACCGUAAAAUAUGUCCUAGAACAGGACAAAUCAGCCUUUAUUCGAUUGGUUGGUGUAAGUGUUCUUCAAAGUGCCGCUAAUUCUCUUCUUGCACCCACGUUAAGGCAUUUAACUGUGAGGCUUGCCCUUGGAUGGAGAAUAUGUUUAACCCAGCAUUUAUUGAAAAAUUAUCUGAAGGGAAAUGCUUUUUACAAGGUGUUCCAAAUGUCUAGUAAACAUAUUGAUGCAGAUCAGAGGAUAACCCAAGAUGUUGAGAAAUUGGCAUCUGAUCUCUCAGGACUGGUUACUGGAAUGGUAAAGCCAUGUGUAGACAUUCUUUGGUUCACAUGGAGGAUGAAACUCUUAAGUGGAUGGAGGGGAGUUACUAUAUUAUAUGCCUAUAUGAUUCUUGGUUUGGGAUUCCUAAGGGGCAUUGCUCCUGAAUUUGGUGCCCUAUCAAGUAGGGAACAACAGCUUGAUGGGGCUUUUAGGUAUAUGCAUGCAAGACUGCGCACACAUGCAGAGUCCAUUGCUUUCUUUGGUGGUGGCUCACGGGAGAAAGUCAUGAUUGAUUCAGGAUUCAGGGAAUUUCUUCAGCACCGUAAGAUCCGUUUAAGAAUGAAAUGUCUCUAUGCUAUAGUAGACGACUUCAUCACUAAACAACUUCCUCACAAUGUAACAUGGAUAUUAAGUCUACUGUAUGCUUUGGAGCAUAAAGCUGAUCAAGCAUUGGCUUCUACUCAAGGUGAACUCGCACAUGCAAUGCGAUUUUUAGCUUCUGUUGUCUCACAAAGCUUUUUAGCAUUUGGAGACAUUAUUGAGUUGCAUAAGAAGUAUCUUGAACUCUCUGGUGGAAUAAACAGGAUUUUUGAGUUAGACGAACUUCUUGAAGCUGCCCAAAGUGAUGUUUUAUUAUCAGAUGCUUGUGUAUGCUCUGAAGAAAACGAAAUGGCUUCUCAAGAUAUUGUAACAUUCUGCAAGGUGGACAUUGUUACUCCAUCUCAGAAGCUGUUGGCUAAGCAGAUGACUUGUGAUGUUGUUCCUGGAAAAAGUCUACUUGUUACUGGUCAGUGCAAAGGUCCAAAUGGAAGUGGGAAAACAUCCAUUUUUAGAAUUCUUCGAGGUUUAUGGCCAAUUGGAUCUGGUAGACUUAUGAAGCCCUGCCAUAGUGUGUUUUAUGUUCCACAGAGACCAUACACAUGUCCGGGGACUUUGAGGGAUCAAAUCAUUUAUCCUUUUUCACAUGAUGAAGCAAAACUGAGAAUGACUACCAUGGUGAGAACUGGUCACAACUUCCUUCUAGAUGAUCAUCUGACGGUGAUUCUGGAGAGAGUUAGAUUAGUUUAUCUUCUUGAACGAGAAGGCUGGGAUGCUAUUGCCAAUUGGGAAGAAGUUCUCUCUUUAGGAGAACAGCAGAGGCUGGGAGUGGCUCGCUUAUUUUUCCAUCACCCAAAAUUUGGUAUCUUGGACGAAUGCACAAAUGCCAUCAGCGUGGAUGUUGAAGAACAUCUGUACCACCUAGCAAAAGAAAUGGGGAUAACAGUUAUCACAUCCUCCCAGCGACCUGCCCUGGUACCAUACCAUGCAAUGGAGUUGACACUUGUUGAUGGCAGGGGAAAGUGGGUGUUAUGUGAACUUAGCCAGUGACGUUAUCUGUAUACUCUGGAUUACUAUUUAUUGGCAUUUUUAGCACUAACACUUCAGAUAUGUCAAAGCUUCUGAUUCCUUAUAUCGAGUUAACAUAAAUUGAAGCUCAGAUAAUAAACUGAUCCAGUUCCCAACUCGACUAACUAGUGGACUAUGGUUCUCAAUUACAGGCAAAUGAUCUUUAUUAUCUAUGGAAAAUACCUAUUUGUGCCAUGGAGAAAUCUCUGAUUAGUUACGGAAUAGUGCAAUACACAUGCAGCAAGUUGUAUGCUAAAGGGCGCUUUUUACCAAUGCACAUUGUACAGAUUGGAUUUUGCAAGAUUGCGUCUGAUUCAUUCCAAUUAAUGUAAACUAGUUCAUAGUAUUGGCAUUUUUUUCAGCCCGACUCCUACGCAAGUCACCACAUUUCUUAUGAUCGAGUUGUUCUUAGAAUUGACUCCAUCCUUUUAUCAAAGAAUGGUGAUUGAUGCAGCUUU